AUGGCUUUGCGAAUCAAAGUAGAUGCCGCUGCAACAGGUCACUUUGAAAGUGAGAUGCAAAUAAACAAUCUCUUUCAACGUAAAAUCAUUACGCUGGAAGAAAUAGAAAAUGAAGGAAAACCCUCGAGAGAGGCCAUCUUGGCAGGUAACCCCAUAAUUUCAGGUGGUCUAGGAGGAAUGAUUCCAUUGCUUCCUGUAUUUUCAAAUGAAACUAGUGGAUUCGCAUUAAUGAACUUUUUGAUUCACUGGAAGAUUGCUGUAGGGGCAGCUUCGUUAUAUAACUGUCUGUAUGUUUGUGGUGGUUAUGAUGGAGUUUCAUCUCUCAAUACCGUAGAAUGCUACAAUCCUGAUAAAGAUGAAUGGACUAUGGUGACCAGUAAGUCCAAACAUCGCAGUGCAGCAGGAGUGGUGGCUUUCGAAGUACACAUUUACGCAUUGGGUGGACACAAUGGACUUUCUAUCUUUGAACAGGUGGAGAGAUACGAUCCUCAGACAGGUCAAUGGACUCCCAUGGCACUCAUGCUGACGAAACGGUGCAGGUUGGGUGUUUCUUCUCUGAACGGCAAGAUAUAUGUGCGCGGUGAGAACGACUGCUUUAUUUUUUUGCAAACGGCAGAAGUGUACGAUUCGCUGACUAAACAAUGAAGUUACAUUUCACC